AUGGCACCAACGCCUGUAACAAAUUUGUCACGGACGACCAGCAAAACCAACGAGGCGGCGGACACAUCUGAGGCAACUUCGCUCAACUCGGCACAGUACAAUGAAAAGGGCGAAUCUAAGAUCGGACGAAUCGUGGGCGGAAAAUACCUCGAUGAGGCAAAUCAAGAUAUCGAUGCAGAUUGUGGGCCCAUCAAAACAGUGGAUAUCGACAUGCCGCUUACCCUCACUGAAAUAGUUGAACACAACGGCAAAGACUACAUUGUCCUUACCUUCGCAACUGGCGACUCGCAAAACCCGUUCAACUGGAAUCCAUGGUAUAAACGAAGUAUCAGCACGAUGCUUAAUCUGAUGACACUGUUUAUCGGAUUAGCCACGACAGCGUACAGCUCGGGCAUCAGCAGCAUGUGCGCCGAGUUCGGGGUACCCACCAUCCUCGGUCAGCUCGGCCUUUUCACUUUCAACAUGGCGUGCGCUGUCACACCAAUGAUACUAGCCCCCCUCUGUGAGCUUGCAGGACGCAAGGUUGUCUACGCCGGAGCAUUCCUCUGCUUUUCGCUCAUGUUCAUUGGAUUGGCUUUAGCGAAGGAUAUCGGCACUAUUAUUGGACUGCGUCUACUACUUGGCUUGUUCGGCUGUGUUGGGACUAUCUUGGUCGGCGGUACCUUCGACGACAUGUACGAGCCACAUAAGCGAGGACGUCCGAUGGCGAUGUUUAGUUUUGUUGCGAUAUUUGGGACGGUUGCAGCACCGAUCUAUGCCGGUUUCAUCGACCAAGCCAUCGGAUGGCGAUGGAUCGAAGGUAUCCAAGGAUUGGCCAACGUGCCGCUUCUGAUCGCCGUCUUCCUCUUCUUCCCUGAGACGCGCGGAGGUGUGGCUUUACACAAGCGUGCUAAAGAGCUUCGCAAGGCUACCAACGACGAACGCUAUGUCGCCGAGGACGAUAUCUACACACCUGAUGUGAAGUCCAUGCUUCGAGCUUCUUCUGUCAAGGCGAUACGCAUGCUCGUUACCGAGCCUGUAGUUUUCGCGUUCGGACUGUGGAUCGCCUUCUGCUGGGCCGUCGUUUUCCUCUUCUUGUCGGUCAUCCCGAUCACCUUCUCCGAGAAGCGCGGCUGGUCCGAGGGUGUCAGCGGACUUCCGUACAUCUCGCUCGCAGUCGGAACAUUCUUGGGAUGGGCCGCGCAUCACCUUCAAAUGCGCAAGUACGAUCGUCUGCAGGCUGAUCCCAAUGUUCAGAUCGUGCCUGAAUACCGCCUGUACGGCGCCAUGUUUGGCGCGGUUUGGCUUCCUAUUGGCCUUUUCAUUUAUUCAUUCACUCAAUACGGGUACUUGAUCUGGGUUGGCCCAGUAAUCGGGCUUGCACCAAUCGCGUUCGGCAUCUUCUUUGUAUUCGAGAGCACCUACAGCUAUACUGCAGACUGUUAUGGUGAGAACUCUUCGUCGGCGAUUGCAGGGCAGGGUCUGAUGAGGAACACUCUCGGUGCAGUCACGCCGCUAUUCGCCAAUGCUUUCUUUCACAAUGUGGGCAGUCAGUACGCUGGGCUUAUCCUGGCCUUGUUCGGCACAGCGCUCAGCAUGAUACCUUUCGUCAUGUUCAAGUUCGGACACAAGCUUAGAGCGAGAAGUAAGCUGGCGAGAGAGUACAACGGGCAUUAA